CRCCGAUCUUCGAACGUCCAUGCAUUUUCGAAUGCUGGAGCAGCAACCGGGAGUACCUGUCACAGCAGGAAUAUAAUGGUUGAAAAACACGCACACGGUGAUGCCCAUUCGUCGUCGUCGGAUCUUCUCGUUCCCCUUGGAGGAUCUCUCGAAGAAUGCGACGGUUCCGAUGUUUCUUCCUCGAAGGAGUUCGAUCACGAUUCCAACCCCACCGUCUUUGGGAAAAUACUAAGAGGCGAAUUGAUUCCUUCCCGUGUCUUCUUUGAAUCGAAUCGAUUGCUGGUCUUUGAGGAUAUCAAACCAAGGGCACCCCUCCAUGCUCUMGUGAUUCCCAAGCAACACAUACCGUCACUCGUCGAUCUCGACAUAACGGCAUYCACUACUGCUUGCAACAACAGAAAUGGCAACAGCAGCAACAACAAUAACCACCCUGCCCCAUCGGCGGCCGUGGCGCUUCUGGAAGAAAUGAAUGYCGCCGGGCAAGACCUCGUGCGGACUACUUACAAAGAUGCCUACGAGCGCGGGGACUACAUUCUCUGUUUUCACAUUCCGCCCUUCACCUCCGUCGAUCACCUGCACCUUCACGUGUUGGCGCCCGCCUCGUCGAUGCAUUGGAUCUAUCGGAACGGAAAAUACAACGUCGGAAAAMCCAGCAACAGCGAAACGGGCGGYUUUUCUGUCCGGUGGUGCAUUGGCAUCGACGAGGUUCUGGCCCGGGUCAAGACCGGAUUGGCGCCUACGCCCUAUCGGAAGGGCGACAGUUUGUCCACGGCGUGUUUCGAUGCUCUAGCUUCGCUAGGAUCGAUACUGUCGUCUUCCUUUUGGGGAGGGCAAGCAUAGAAUUACAACGCAGUGGAGUGCCGUGUGGGGCGACGAAGGGGGGGGGGGGGUGCGGAUUAUGUUUGGCACGGUAACCGCAACCGUCAUCACGGCAGAGAUAAAYCCGACGCUCUGUUUUAAACCGUCGUCAAAUGAAAUGUUCGGCGUUUA